AUGACCGACAAGCUUCCUCCCAACCUCCUGGCGCUGUUCGCGCCGCGGCCUCCUCUGCGAUGGGUCCCUCCGUGCGACUUUCCCCCUGAGCAGCGGAAGACUGCUGCCGUUGGUGGUGUGGCCGACUUCCUGCCUCACCUCGAGGCUUACAAGGAUGCCGAUGGCUAUGUCCCCACCGAGAGUUGGCUGCAGGCUCGCGACCGCAAGAAGCUCGAGAAGAAGGCCGAGAUCGAGAAACUCGUCACCGAGGCCCCAAAGCUUUUCAACCCAGCCAACGACCCCAACAUUCGUGGCGAUGCCUUCAAGACACUGAUGGUCUCGCGACUCAGCUAUGAUGCCAACGAGGAGGACCUCGAGCGAGAAUUCGGUCGCAUCGGGACCAUCGAGCGUAUAAGGAUCGUACGUGACACCCACGCCGACGAGAAGGGCAACAAGAAGAAGAAGCCACACCGUGGCUAUGCCUUCAUAGUAUUCGAGCGCGAAAAGGACAUGAGAGCUGCUCUGGAACAACUCGAUGGCAUCAGCAUCAAGGGCCGCCGUAUCAAGACCGACGUCGAGCGCGGCCGUACCGUCUCGGGCUGGAAGCCUCGCCGCCUCGGUGGUGGACUCGGAGGGCGCGGUUACACCAAAGCCAUGCCCAGUCGCCCCAUGGCCGGUCCCGGCGGCUUCGGAGGCGGAUUCCGUGGAGGCCGAGGUGGCUUCAGGGGCGGAGACCGAGGUGGCUUCCGUGGCGGUUUCGACCGUCGCGGUGGAGGCUUUGGAGGCCGCGACCGGGGCUUCGGCGGACCACCAAACGCACCUAGCGGACCUGGCGGCGGCAGAUUUGACCGUGAUCGCAGAGAUUACGGAGAUCGUGGCGGCGGCGGCGGGUACGGUCGACGCGAUGACGACAGAGGAUACGGCGGCGGAGGCGGCUACCGCGGAGGUGAUAGGUCCAGCUCUGGGAGCAACGCCAUGCCGCUCGGCCAAAGGCACGGCGGAGACAGAGACAGAGGCGGCGACCGCGGUGGGGAUCGCGGUGGGGACCGCGGCGGAGACCGCGGCGGAGAUCGAGACCGCGACCGAGACGGGUAUCGCGGCCGCGACUACGACCGUGACGACUCGCGGAAACGGCCCUACGAAGGAGGGUCGGGCUACGAAGGUGAACGCAAACUGCGCCGCUACUGA